AUGGAGGUCAGAAGGACAGAGUUAAAAGUAGCGCUUCUGGAAAGUCUGAAAUGCAUUUUAUCUGAUGCACAACAUGCGAGACAACAAGGGGAAGAUCACUUAAACGUUAUUGAGAUGACGCCGGAGUUCGGAGUAUAUUUAACGGAUAUAAUUAUCGAUCAAAAUAACUUUCUUCCUAUCCGGCAGUUAGCUGCAGUUGUGCUGAAGCAGUAUGUACAAACUCACUGGUCAACAACAUCAGAUAAAUUUGUUGCACCGGAAACACCGGAAUGGGCUUAUGCUAUCUCUGAAAUAGCCAGAUGGGAUUGGCCUGAGUCAUGGCCUCAGCUUUUCGAAAUUCUUAUUGGGUUUAUGACGAGUAGCAAAUUAUCAGAUAAUAUGGCCGAUAGUCAGCUCCCUCAGUUAAUUCCGAUCAUGUUCCCUGAGCUAAUUAGAAUAUUUAAGGAUGAAAAGAAUUUUAAUUCGAAUAUCCGCGGUAAAACGACUCACAUAUUGAAUUCCUGUAUAUCAUUAAUUUUUGCUAUGAGCGACCUUGAAAAAGCAGCUCCAAAUGUACUGCUCUUUCCUUACAUACCACACUUUUUAUCAGCCUUCACUGAGUCUUUAUCACAACCUGAUGGACCUCAUUCCGAUUAUGUUCUAAAAACUAAUGUCAUAAAGACAAUAGUAAAUAAUACACGAUUAGUGGAAGAAUCUAUAGAUUCGGAUGGAGAAAGAUAUAAUAUUCAAAAUUUAGUUUGCCACCUCUUUGAGUUCUUUUCAGCCUUAUUUCAACGUAAAACAUAUAAAUCGAUCGUUAAUGUUAUGAUGGAUGAUUUAAUUUAUCAAUUAAUUAAAUAUAUGCUUAUAUCGGAAGAACAGGCUGAUUUAUGGGUUACGUGUCCUGGCAGAUUUAUUGAAGAUGAAGUUGAUGAUACAAUCACGUCUUCUGUUAGAAUAUUGGCUGUUAAUUUGUUAGAUACCAUUAUACACUUUAACGAGAGCAAGAUUUUGGAUUCGACUUCAAAAGCUGUUAGAAAACAUUUCGAUGAAGCUGAGACGAUUAAAUACUCGCCACAUUGGUGGAAGGUACAUGAAAGCUGUUUAUUGGUCUUGGGAAACUUAAGUAAUCUCUUGACUACGAAGUCAGUACAAAACUACUUGGAAAAUAACUUCCUCCUAAACUAUAUCAUGUCGAUAGAUGUGCAAUCGACAGUAUCUCCAUUUCUAUCCGGGCGUGCUCUUUGGCUUCGUAGCAAGUUGGCAUCCCGGAUGGAAGACCCGGCAUUUUCAAACUUGAUGAAGGGUUGUACUGAAGCCGUAAAUCAAUCCCAGCAUAUCAUUAUUCGGAUAUAUGGCGCCAAGGCACUAUCUCAACUUAGUCAAGGUUUAAAUGAUGGUUUAAGACACGAACUAAUGUCCCCCUAUCUGACUGAUGCCAUUAAUGGCUUAAUAUUCAUGGCACUCGAUUUUAGUAAAGAUGUAGAUAUCUUGGGUUUAGCGAUUGAUUCGUUAAAUUUUAUUCUUCAGAUUAGUAGGUCUGUUACGGAGUCAGUGCAUGGCAAGCUGAUACCCAUGCUUGUAGAGUUUUAUUCGACCUACAACCAAAAUCCCUACCUUGAAGCUAUAGCUCAAGAUUCGUUUAAAAUUAUCAGCAAAUUUCCUAACUGCUACCAGACAUUAGAACUUCAUUUAUUUCCAGUUUUAAUGAAUUUAAUUUCUACAAGCGGAAAAAGUGCUUUCUGUACUACUGGGACAGCUUUAGAUAUUAUGGAAGACUUGAUAAAAAAUUGCCCGAUUCCUGUACCUGAAACACUUAUUAACAUCGGAUUUCCAACAGUAGCAGUUACUGUGAUGAAUACUGAUGAUGUUUCUAUUAUUCAAAGCGGAAGUGACUGUCUCAGAGCAUUUAUUUCUCGAAGCUCUGACCAGGUGUUUGAGUGGAAGGACCCUGAGGGUAAUGAUGGACUUUCUUAUGUCAUCAACUGCAUUUUGAAACAGGUGGAUCCACAAUUGGAACAAUACAGUGCGGCGCAAGUAGGAAAACUGACAAUUGUCUUUUUUAGGAAGGGUGACGUAUUAGCGCAACAACAUCUUGGUACAAUCCUUCGUGGGGUUCUUGCGAAAAUGCAGCAAGUAACAGAAGGCAAUGUUAUGCAGGCUUUAAUAAUAAUGUUUGCCUAUUUAAUCCAUGAGCACUUUCAACUGGUGUAUAACUUACUUGUGAGUGUACCCAGUCCGACAGGGACCUCAGCCAUGGAAUACGUGUUAAGUGAAUGGUGUAAGCAGCAAAACUUUAUCGCUGGAUGCUACAAUAUCAAGAUCAGCAUUUUAGCCUUUUGCAAGAUUCUGCUUUAUUAUGCUAAUACGAAUGAUCCUUAUAUUUCAUCAAUGUCGCUUUUGGAAGAAGCGUUAGAAGAAACCAUAGUUUUAAAGCGAAAAGUUACAAUUCCGAUAAUUCAUAAAAUGUUCAAGGCCAUCAUUUAUGAAUUUUCUACCGAAUUGGAGGGUAAUAGCCCACAUGAGAAGAUAUUAGCGGAUAUCUCUGAUAUUCCCAGCCGGACCGAUGACGAAGAAAGUAGCAGUGAUUCACAGAAUUAUUUAUAUGAGGACCAGCUUUAUAUUAAUUCUUCUAACUUUGAAGAUUUUGAUGAUGACGAAAGCUUUGAUGAUCUCGAAGAUGCUUUGUUUCCAAUCGAUCUUCAGGAUCAGCUUCUAAAUUUUUUUCAGGAAUUUCGACAAAAGUCUUGUUAUAACUUCUUUAUUAGUUGUUUAAGUGCCGAAGAGCAUAAAAUUUUGGAUAAGAUACAUCAAAUUUUACACUAG